UAUGCCCUUUCCAGGUCGUGCCCUUAAAAGGAAUGAGUGUGCCCUCCCCUUCCCCUUUCCCCUUCUCACUGGCCAGUAUGCAAACAUGAUGGUAGGAGCUGGAGCGGGCACUUUGAAACCCAGAGACAGAGAGUGAUAUAUUGCGAAUGGCAGAGAUACUCUACCAGCUCAGGACGGCCUGUCUGUGGGCUACUGUGUAAGAGGAAAUCAAAUUCUAUUUUAAGUCACUAUAUUUUGAGGUCUUUUGAGUGCCUGGACUAUAAGUAAUACAGAAUACAAUUUCUCCCUGAAGUGGACUUGAACAACGGUCAACCUGCUGGGUUCUUUGCCCUUGACCUAGCCACCGCAGGAUAUGGGCUCUCGCACCUUCUGGCUCCAGGAUGAGGAACGCUGUCGCUCUCUGAGAAGGGGAAUGGCUUGUUGAUUCAGCAGAAACGCCCAUCCCAGCUCUAUUCUUCUCAGCUGGCACCCUCACAAAGCCAGCCUCUGGGCCUGCCCUGGUUUUUUUCAUGAUGUCAUCCAUUCAUCAUUGUGAGCUGAUUGGCGGUCCCAGGCCUUGGCCAGCUGCCCAAGGCCAGGAGGGAAGAGAGAGGUACCAGGACAAACUUGCGGUCAAAAAGGGCAGGAACUGGAUAGACAUCUACAAAGCCUCCAACACCAUGGCCGUUGGGGUGACCUCCUCCGUGCCCUGCCUGCCCCUUCCCAAUAUCCUCCUCAUGGCUAGUGUCAAAUGGCACCAGGGACAGAGCCAGACAUGGAACAGACCAUCUAAAGCCCCAAACAUCAUCCUGAAGAGGAUACUCCCCCUGAAGUUUGUGGAGCUCCAGGUCUGUGACCGGCUUCAACGCAUCCUGCGGUUGAGGACAGUCACUGAGAAGAUCUACUACCUAAGGCUCCACCCUGACCAUCCAGAGACUGUCUUCCACUUCUGGAUCCGACUGGUUCGGAUUCUGCAGAAGGGCCUGUCCAUCACCACCAAAGACCCUAGGAUUCUUGUCACUCACUGUCUGGUCCCCAAGAACAGCUGCAGCCCCUCGGGAGACUCGAACUUAGUACAGAAGAAACCCCAAGCCUCCCAGCCCAGCGAGAGCCUCAUGCAGCUGAUGGCUAAGGGGGAAAGUGAAGCACUCUCUCAGAUUUUUGCCGACUUGCACCAGCCCCGCCAGUUAAGUUCCAGGAGCAGCAAAAAGACACAGACCAAAAGGGACAGCCCAGGUAACGGAGGGCACGGGGCGCCCAUUUCUUGGAGAACUUUCUGCUCCACAGGUGUAGGAAUAAGUUCCCCCUCCAGCUCCCCACCCCAGCUUUCCUGGAUCUCUGUCUUCCUUCCAUAUCUUAGUGUGAGUUCCUCUAGGCUCUUUGGCCACCAGAGUCAAGUUGGCAGCAAAUCUUACCAAUUUCUUCCUUUGAAGUGUUUCUCCAUAUUCUUCAGUUCUACUCCCGCGGGUUCUCCCCUAGUCCACCUGGUCAGCUCAUGCCUGGCCUGCCAUCAUUUUCCACUAGUGCGUUCAUUUCCUCAUUCAGAAACACGCAGCGGGCACUUGGUAAGCGCCAAACACUGUCGAAGGCUUCCGAUCACAAUGAAGAAAGAGACACGGUACCCCCCUGGAAAGCGUUUACAAUUUGGUGGAGUCAGAUGGGUAAAUCCUGAAGUCACAAAAACUCUAUUUCUAGGCAACAUUCAAAACUCACCCCUGGGGUCCCUCACUCCUCCCAGGAAGCUGCUCAGGAAGGCGGGGGUCUGAGCUGAGUCAGGGAGAAUGAGUACAAGCAGGGCUGGCCGAAGCGGAAGAGGCAGGGCAUGCUAGGAGGAGACAGAGUCUGUGUGAGAGAGCACGACACAUUCUGGAAACAGCAGCCAGUUCCCCAUGAAUUUCCAGGUUCUAAUUUACCCCAGAUCCACUCAUUUUGGCAUGCAUGACCCUGCAUAAACUUCCCCUCUUACCCAUCUCACCUGAUCACUUUCUCCCCCUCAAAUAGAAGCCCCGUCCGUGCCUCGUCUUCUCCAGCCCAAAUCUGCUCCAGUCAAGCCUUGGCUAUGCUUCUCUAAGCCUUAUUCAUCCCGUCUGCUCCACCCUAAAUCCUACCUGUCCUUCCGGAUAAAUCUUUCCUUAGUCAUAACCUCUCUUACAUUAUUCCCUAAUUGCUACAUAGGCUUAAGUCUUUUUUUUUUUUUUUAACAUUUAAUUAUUAUUGAGAGACAGAGUGUGAGCAUGGGAGGGGCACAGAGAGGAGGAGACACAGAAUCUGAAGCAGGUUCCAGGCUCUGAGCUGUCAGCACAGAGCCUGAUGCAGGGAUUGAAUUCACAAACUGAGAUCAUGACCCGAGCCGAAGUCAGACGGUUAACCGACUGGAGCCACCCAGGCACCCCAACAUAGGCUUAAGUCUUAUCUCUUCAACCAACAUUCAUUCUUUUCAUGCCUCUGAAUUAUUUAGCUGCCGUGGCAAGCACAGGGCUAAGAACACAAUAGGGCUUCCAUAAGUAUCCGUGUACCGUACCACUAAUAAAUUAUGCCUCCACAUUGGCUCAGAAGGCAACCGGAAUAUCAUAGUUAGGAAUUUAGAGGAGCGUGUAGAUCCCAGAGAAGCUCUAACAACUUUCGUCCAAACCAGGGAUUACAACUCAAACGUCUGGAGAGUCUAGGUGUCAUAUAAGAAAUGGUUGACUUACGGGGCACCUGGGUGGCUCAGUCGGUUAAGCGUCCGCUCAGUCGGUUAAGCGUCCGACUUCGGCUCAGGUCCUGAUCCUCACAGCUCGUGAGUUCGAGCCCCGCGUCGGGCUCUGCGCUGACAAUUCAGAGCCUGGAGCCUGCUUCUGAUUCUGUGGGUCUCUCUCUCUGCCCCUCCCCUGCU